AUCGAUAUAUCUAUCACAUCCCUAACACAAAGUACUUAUAUUAUUGUGGUUUUUAUUUGUUAUAGACCAAAAUGAUAGAAAUAACUUGCAACGAUCGACUGGGCAAGAAGGUGCGCGUCAAGUGCAACCCGGACGACACCGUCGGAGAUCUGAAGAAACUUAUAGCGGCACAGACGGGCACAAAACACGAGAAGAUUGUUCUGAAGAAGUGGUAUACCAUCUACAAGGAUCCCAUUCGCCUAUCUGAUUACGAAAUCCACGAUGGCAUGAAUCUGGAACUCUACUACCAAUAAAUAUGCACUGAUGAUGAUGCUUUCAGCUGCAUCACGCGGUCGUCCCUUUUUAUAGCUUCUGUAUAGAUAAAUAAACAAAUUCACACAAAUAUUUAUUCAAA